UCAACUCCUUACUCCACCACCAUCCUCCACCUCCAACACCACCGCCACCAAUACCACUCUUCUUCAAAUGUGGUAAUUGCGCCUCCUCUGACUCCACCACCACCACCUUCUUCGAAUGUGGCAAUUGUGCCUCCUCUUACUCCACCACCACCACCACCACCGCCGCCUCCAAUACCACCACCUUCGAAUGUGGCAAUUGUCCCUCCUCUUACUCCAUCACCACCACCACCACCUCCACCUCAAUUUGCCGCCUCGUCAAAAUUUUCCACCGCUAGAUGUGCAACACCUCCACCGCCAUGCCCUCCAAGUUUCGUCAAGAAGGAAUCUUCGUCAUUGCAUGGCUUAUCAAAAUCCAGCAGCCCUUCUUUGCAGCUGCAUUCAUCGUCUACUAGUACUCCUCCUUCGUGUGCAAAGGGAAAAUUGCAAUUAAGGACAAGUUCAAGGACUAAUUCCCAAUUAAAGAAAACAUCCCUCAAACCAUAUCACUGGUUGAAGCUCACUAGAGCUAUGCAGGGCAGCCUAUGGGCUGAGGCACAAAAACCCGACGAGGCUUCAAAAGCUCCUGAGUUAGACAUGUCCGAACUCGAGAGUCUUUUCUCGGCCACUGUUUCGAACUCGGAUCACGUGGGCCCCCCCGGAAAAACAAACAGGCGUGGCUCGGGGCCGCUCAGACCUGAUAAAGUUCAUCUGAUUGAGCUACGAAGGGCGUACAAUUGUGAAAUCAUGCUGACUAAAGUUAAGGUUCCUCUGUCAGAUUUGAUGAAUUCGGUACUUGCUUUGGAUGACUCGGCAUUGGACAUCGAUCAGGUCGAUAAUCUUAUAAAAUUUUGUCCAACCAAAGACGAAAUAGAACUCCUUAAGAACUACAAAGGUGACAAGGAGAACCUCGGAAAAUGUGAGCAGUUUUUCACGGAGUUGAUGAAAGUCCCACGUGUCGAGUCGAAGCUAAGAGUUUUCUCCUUUAAAAUUCAUUUCUUUUCUCAGAUAUCAGAUUUGGGUACGAGUUUGAAUAUAGUAAAUUCUGCAUCUGAAGAGGUCAGAAAUUCUGUAAAGUUGAAGAGAAUCAUGCAAACUAUCCUCUCACUGGGUAAUGCCUUAAAUCAAGGCACGGCAAGAGGUUCGGCUGUUGGAUUUCGCCUGGACAGUCUUCUAAAACUUACUGAAACGAGAGCUCGAAACAAUAAGAUAACUCUUAUGCACUAUUUGUGUAAGGUUCUUACUGCAAAGUUGCCGGAAGUCUUGGAUUUUCAUGAAGACCUAGUUAGUUUAGAGGCUGCAACAAAGAUUCAACUAAAGCAUUUGGCAGAGGAAAUGCAAGCUAUUCGAAAAGGGCUCGAAAAAGUUGAGCAAGAACUAACUGCAUCGGAAAAAGAUGGUGCCGUGUCGGAAUACUUCUGCAAGACGUUGAAGGAUUUUUUCGUCUCGGCUGAAGUGGGAGUGAGAUCUCUGGCUUCACUUUAUUCCGGAGUGGGAAGAAACGCAGAUGCGUUGGCUAUUUAUUUUGGGGAAGAUCCCGCUCGUUGCACCUUCGAACAAGUUGUCUCGAAUUUGCUAAAUUUUGUGAGGAUGUUUCGACGGGCUCGUGACGAAAACUGCAAGCAACUGGAGUUUGAGAAGAAGAAAGAAGCGGAAAUUCGGAAGACUUAAUUAAUUAAGUCGAAUUAAAAACAAUCAUUAUAAUUAUCUUCCGAUUCAUCGUUCAAUAUUCUGCCAGCUAUAGCUUCGGCCAGCGCAGCUGUGAAGCUGUCGUUUCUUGUCAACGAAGAAACCAUUUUCUCGGCAAUAGCAUUUUGCAUUCUGCUA